GAGCCCCGGCGCGGGGCGGUAGCACGCAGUCGCUCCUCCCGCCGCUGCCGGAAUCGCGCGGGGGGCCUCUCGGUCCUCCCUUCUCCUCCUCCUCCUCCUCCCCUCCCGGCCCGUCCCCUCCCCUCCCCGCAGGCGGGAGCGAGGCCCUUGAGGCGGGCCCGGGUGGGCUCGGGGCCAUGGGGGCAGUGGCCGCUCCUCCUCCUCCUCCUCUUCCUCCUCUUCCUGCGUCGCCGCCACCGCCGUGAGGAGCGGCGCGGCACCGCCGGGGGGACGCGGCAUGAGGCGGGGCUGGAAGCGUCGAGCCUCGGGCGAGUCCAAAGAGUGCAGCCAAGCCUUAGCGCAGGCGGUGAGACGCAGCUCGGGACGCAGAUAGCGAGAUGAGAUUCACGUAAGGAGGCAGAAGGCUGGUAGCGAGCACUCCCCAGGUCAGACACGAGAGCAUUCCCCAGCUCAGGCACAAGAACACGGUGGCUGAUUGCUGUCCGUUGAGGCCAACCCAGACCCAUUUGGAGGAAGACAGCCAGAAGCAACCAGCUGUGGGGUACUGGAAGCCACUAAUGCCAUCCAAAGGCAGCAAGGAGGAGCCAGAGACUGGGUGCCAGGAUGCUGGAACUGGGGAUGAGAGCCAGUCCGCUGAGCAAUGCAACGUCUCACGUCUCCGCAGCUCCUCGGUGGAGAUCCGUGAAAAGGGAUCUGAGUUCCUGAAGGAGGAGCUGCACAAAGCACAAAAGGAGCUGAAGCUGAAGGACAAAGAAUGUGAGAGACUGUCAAAAGUCAGGGAACAACUGGAGCAGGAACUAGAAGAGUUAACAGCAAGCCUGUUUGAGGAAGCACACAAGAUGGUGAGAGAAGCGAACACGAAACAGGCGGCGUCAGAGAAACAGCUGAAGGAGGCACGGGGAAAGAUUGACAUGCUGCAGGCAGAGGUGACAGCUCUGAAGACGCUUGUGAUCACAUCCACACCUUCAUCUCCAAACUGGGAGCUACACCCUCAGCUCCAGAGCCCUUCUAAAGCUGUCUUCAGGAAAGGCCACGCGCGAAACAAGAGCACCAGCAGUGCAAUCUUCACAGCUGCCAGCCACAACGCGACUCCAGAGCCAGUCAGUCGUGAGUGCAAAGAGGUCGACUCCGUUUUAUUUGCUGAGUUCCAGUCCUGGAAGGAAUCUCCAACUUUGGAUAAAUCCUGCUCCUUCCUGGACAGAAUUUACCGCGAAGAUGUGGAACCUUGUCUGGACUUCAGUAAGCAGGAGCUGUCCGAGCUGGUACGAGCGGCCGUGGAGCAGAAUACACUCACCAUUGAGCCGGUUGCUUCCCAGGCGCUGUCUGUGGUGAAAGGGUCAGCAGAAGACUGUGGUGGGCCAAAGAAGUGUGCUCUAAGCGGCCUCCCCAGGACCUGCAAGCACCGCAUCAUGCUGGGGGAUUCUGGAAAUUACUACUACAUUUCACCAUCCUGCAGGGCCAGGAUCACAGCAGCGUGCAACUUUUUCAUGUACAUUCGCUAUAUCCAGCAGGGCUUGGUGAGGCAGGACGUGGAGCUGAUGUUCUGGGAGGUUAUGCGACUCCGGAGAGAGAUGUCUCUGGCCAAACUUGGGUUUUAUCCCAAUGAGAUAUAAGCAGAUGCCUGGAGCUUGGAAGGAAACUGCUCCUGAGUGAAUGACUUGUCAAAUGUAGCCUGCCGAACAGAAGAAUGAGGUGCCUCUCCAGCAGUGGCCUUGCUCCCUCCCCUACCUCCCUGUGCCUGAUGCUGAUCAUGGAGCAAAAAGCACAAGUUCCACCUCCAGCUGUCCCACUUCUCCAACUGUGACUGGAGUGCAGCUGCGAAGCUACCCCUUGAGAGCUGGGCUGGUCCUGGCUGCUGGUCCUGGGUGACUGUCUACAGACUGUCCUCUACAGAGACACGCAGUGUACACCCAUUGUUUUUAAACUUCUGUUUUUAUAUGCAAUCUGCUUUGGCAUAGUCUGAGGCCAGCCAUGUGCAAGGCAGGAGUCCUGGGCUCCCUUCUUUGUAAGCAAGUCUUUCAGGACAGAUGCUGGCUGUCUGUCCGUUUGUCUAUUCCACUCAUUCUUUGGGGCAGAGGGUGCUGUUGCCUAGCCAUACACAUAGGUUCUGCCGAUGACUUACUCCUUUAACAGCCCUAUAGAUUCCAGCAGCACAAAAUAAUCUUAUGGAGUACCAUGAACUACCUGUUUCCAAGUUCAUCCAUGCUCCUUUUAAAGAAGCCUGCAAAAGAAGCUUUCUGCCAGAUGAGUCACAAGAGGGGUUUGUUUCUGUUUUUAGCUGGGGAUUUGGCACUGGGAGCUUGUAAUCCAGGCUGGGGGAACAACCAGAGCUGAGCACCUGGGACCUUUGGGAGAAGAAAGCAAGAAGGAAAAUUGUGUAACUUGCAGCUGGCUGCAGCUUGGCUGCAGUCAGUGCAGGAUGUUUUCUCCUGGCCUUGACAAUUUGCUGUAGUUGUAGCAGGCAGAUGGAGACUUUGGAAGAUGUUGCCAUGUGACAAUCCUUGGUGCAGAAUUUCCCCAUGGUGCUCCUAGGUGCAUAUGUCACCCACAGAUAAAUGCCUUUGGUUUGUUACUACUCUGGGCACUGUUGUUCACACUUUGGAUAGAAAUCACAGUUCCAGGACAGGUUCUUUGUCUCCAGAAAGAGCCUGCCCAGGCUGGGCAUAGUCUUGAGGCCAAAAUUUCCUCCUUAAUAUAACAGCAGACCUAGAGAUGCAUGUCCCUUUGGGAAACACAGCAUCUCUCAGGCUGCCAUCCCCAAUGAGGAAAUUUUAGAUGUUUCUGCAUGUACACGUGAGGGAUGCGACUGUAUGUUUCAAAAUCCACUGGGAAGGAUGUCACUUUUCAUCUCACCUGGAGUUUCUGCACUCUGGCGUGUCACCCUGUCUCUGCUGUCAUCAUAACUCCUGUGUUAGCACGUUGGUUCCCAGAACCAGGUUGCUGUCCUCAACUCCAUUAAGUUUCAUCCUCUCCUGGGAGAUGCUGCAGUAGGAAUUUUGUAUCUUUGCUGCAAGAAAUCUGAGCUGCUGUGGUUUUGUCCAUGGGAGGGAGGAAUAGAUUGGGGAAUACAGGCUUUGGUUUGGAACCUAAGACAAGGGCGACUUCACGACAGAUCCAAGAAAACCUUCCUGUGGAAGACCCCUAGUGAGCACAGGUUUUCCUGUCACUGAGCAGACACUUUCUAUAUGCCACUGAGUUGCUCCUCAGGGGGCUCCUUUCCUUAUAGCACAAAUGCUAUUAUUUGCUAGGGGUUGGUAGCUAUGUGACACCUGAGUCCUCAUCAUCCCAAGAGCUGGAAGAACACGUUCUAAAAAUAAUCAAAUAGCUUUGAAUCCACCUCCUUCAGCUCAGAAAAGGCUGACCUGCAGGUGCCAGUUGUUAUCACCCUGGUUCUGUUUUCACUUAACACAGCUGAGCUGCCUCUGACUCGUGCUGAUCACCCUAACUAGAUGAGUGUCUGCAUCAGCUGCUCUUGGCUGAAGAAAUGUGUUUCAAAUGUGGAGUAAAAGCCUGGAGAAUAUAUCUUUGGGUGAGAAUGUGGCUGGGUCUUGUGGCAAUGAUACCCUGUGUUUCUUUUGUUGGUGUCUGCAGACUUGAGGUAAUUUGACAUCAGCUUUUGCAGAGGAGAAGAUAAAAAUAUCUUUCACCAGCUGCAGAUUUCAGGUCAGUUCUAGCCCUGGUAAUUUCUCCUUGUUUCUGUUCUACCUGAGCUUUUGAUCUCUGCAUGUCAUCCUGUGCCAUGAGCUGCUACAUUGCACACCAGAUGUGCCUACGUUACAGCACUGGGAACGAGACGAUCUCCAUGUAGGAGAUGGCUUGUAGGACAGCCCCCCUCCCAGUGUCACUAUGUAAAGCACUUUGAGAUAAAAGGACUUAGAGAAAUGUAUUUAGUUGACUUACAUUUAAAGCAUAGAGAACAAUUUGAAAAUUAAUAUGAAGUCACUCCAUUAACAGCAGGAUGGGUGCACCCUGCUCUUUAAUAAAGGAAAAAUAAACGUUUGAUAUUAACCUC